AUGGCCAAGAUGGCAACCUCCAUGGUGCAGAAUGGAGAAGAUGCAUUUCGAAACAUAUUCAAGUUUUACAAAAGAAGAAACCCUCCGCCAGACUUCAGCGAUGUCAUAGACUUCUCUAAAGGCGCAGUGGGGGACAGGAUCGUCCCAGCUGUCCUGAAGCCGUCUGCGGUGAGUGAUGUGGAGGCAGCCCGGGUCGGGUUACAGCCUGUCCGGGACUGGAGAGCAUUCAGCCUGCAGGGCUACCCGGGCUUCAUGUUCAUCUCCAACCCGUUCCUGCAGGGCUCCCAGCCCCCGUGGGUGAGACAGUGUCUUAAAACCUACACUCAGAAGCCCAAUGUGUGCAACCUGGACAUGCACAUGUCCCCAUCUGACACAGAGGACAUCUGGGGUAAGAGUGUCCAUGCUCUCAGCUGUCCUCCUUCUGGAAAGAGAGAAGCAAAGACUCUGCUUGAGAGGCUGCGCUGGGUGACUCUGGGGUAUCACUACAACUGGGACACCAAGACGUACUCUUCCAGCCACUACACUCCUUUCCCAGCUGACCUGCACUCCCUGUCCUCCCACAUCACAGCCGCCUGUGGGUUCCCAGGGUUCACCGCAGAGGCUGGGAUCCUCAACUACUACAGACCUGAUUCCUCUCUGGGGAUCCACGUGGAUGAAUCAGAGCUGGAUCACAGCCGCCCGCUGCUGUCUUUGAGCUUUGGCCAGUCAGCCAUCUUUCUCCUGGGAGGUCUCAACAGACAGGACCCCCCCACUGCCAUGUACAUGCACAGUGGGGACGUGAUGGUGAUGUCGGGACAGAGCCGCCUCCUGUAUCACGCUGUCCCACGCAUCGUCUCAGCACCCACUUUAGAGAUGGACCCCAGCAGUUGGUCCUCCUCCCUGCAGGAUGGUGCUGCGGUGGAGCCGGUGUCAGAGGAGGACUGGGCCGUGUGCUCCAGGUACAUCCAGAGCUCCAGAGUGAACGUGACUGUCAGACAGGUGCUGGGGCCGGGGCAGAGCUUCCCAGAGACACCCUCCUCUCACCAGACAAGGACUGAUGCAGGACAGAUGGAUGGGUACCACGAAAGACCAGCAGACGGAGACAGCGGGAAGAGGAAGAGGAGCAGUAGCGUUGACUCUGUUGAUACUGUAGAGACAUGACACACACCACCUGCUGUA